CUCUCCCCUACCACCCACUUAAACCUACUUUAAUCCCCCCCACACACUUUCUUUCUCACCAUACGGCCGUGCCACCACCAUAUACCAUGCCCCCACCACCACCGUCAACCACCAUCAUCAACCGCACCACCAGCGACGGCGGCACCACCAUCCUCAACAAAUACCACCUCACACACCUCUUAGGCCGUGGCAGUUUCGCCAAAGUCUACCACGGCCGUACUCUAACAACCAACACGGCCGUAGCCGUCAAAGUUAUUCAAAAACCAUCCACCUCAGACCCCACAAUGGAACCUAGACUCCUCCGAGAAGUCGCCGCCAUGCGGCGACUCAACCACCCCAACAUCCUUAAACUCCACGAAGUUCUCGCGACAAAAACUAAAAUAUACCUCGUCAUGGAACUCGCAGCCGGCGGAGAGCUUUUCACACAACUUGUGAAACGACGACGUAUCAAAGAAGCCACGGCUCGGUUUUACUUUCAACAACUAGUGUCCGCGUUACACUUUUGUCACCAAAACGGCGUCGCACACCGAGAUUUGAAACCACAAAACUUGUUGAUUGAUGAGCACGGAAACCUUAAAGUAUCCGAUUUCGGACUCUCGGCUUUGCCGGAGUGUAAAAAGGAUGGGCUCCUCCACACGGCGUGUGGGACUCCGGCGUUUACUGCGCCGGAGAUUGUUCGGGGGAAGGGUUACGACGGUGCUAAGGCGGAUGCAUGGUCGUGUGGGGUGAUCUUGUUUAAUCUUCUUGCGGGACGGUUACCGUUUGACGAUAGUAAUUUAGCGGAUAUGUAUAGGAAAAUACAUAUCCGAGAGGUUGUGUUUCCGGACUGGAUCCGGAAACAGGUUCAGGUCAUAGUCUGGAAACUACUUGACCCGAACCCCGAGACCAGGAUGAGUAUUGAAUGUUUAAUGACUCAUCCUUGGUUUAAAAAGUGCUUAAAUGUACCCGACCCCACCCUCCGUAUUCUCGAGUUACGAGAAAAAUAUGAAGAACACGAAGAACACGAAACACAGAUAAAACUCAAGACGACGACGAUGAAUGCGUUUGAUAUAAUAUCGAUGUCGUCCGGGUUAAACUUAUCGGGUAUUUUCGAGGAGACGGGGGCGAAGAAAGAGAGGCGGUUUACGACGAAUGGGAAAGCGGAGGAGGUUAAGAAGAGGGUGGUGGAAGUAGGGGAGAGAUUAGGGUUUCGGGUUAAGAAAAUGAAGGUGAAUGAUAAAGAGGGGUGUAAGAAGGGAGAUGAGGUUGUGGGGUUGGUGAAAGGGAAGGUGGUGGUUAUGGCAAAGGUGAUGGAGGUGGUGCCGGAGGUGGUGUUGGUGGAGAUGACGGUGGUUGAUGGUGGUGAUGAGUUUAGUGAGGGUGAAUGGGAUGAGUUGAAAGUGGGGUUUCAACUUUGUUCUAUUAUGGCAUAGUGAUGUAUAGUGAACCAACUUUUUUUUUUUUUGGUUAAUAGGAGUUGACAAAUGGUUAAUGGGAAUAUGGGAUCACCUUUGAUGAUCUUUAAAGUUUUUUAUGGAAAUAAUAAAUAAGUUAAAUUUUGUGUGUAAA